CUAACCUCCUCCGUUCCAGUCUGAAUGAAAUCGCCGAGAAGUUUAACUGUAUGAGAAUAAGAAUACAAAAAGUUUUAUUGAUACCUAGCUGAAUGCGGUACCCACUUCUGGCCGUUUUACUAGUGACAGUCUGCAGAUCAUCUUACGGACAGCCGUGCAAGAUAUGCAAGCCACCAUCCGCAGACAAAAUCUGCACCCCUACCGAACCUAUGACCUUGCCUGCCAAGCUCGUGGUCCAAAGCUCCAUCUGCAAUGACAUUGAAACCAAGUACAAGGACUAUCAGAAAACACUCUGCAAGACGUAUAGCGGUGGCUAUUACUGCGAAUGCACGGAUCCGCAGGACGGCAACGUGUACUCCUGUCGCUCCAGCUGCGGGCCGCCUCUGGAAGAUAUUGGCAAGGGACUCAACCUAGAUUUGCUCCAGAACAACCUGCUGAGCGAUGGGAAUCUCUUUGCAAACAACAACAAAAGUGGCGGUCAGCCAAACCCUUUCGAUUUCGGCAAAUUCAAUGGCAGAAAUCCAAGCGCAAACUUUGGCAAUUUUGAUAGUCUCGACAACCUUUUCAGUAACCUGAAUCCUGGCACACCAAACAACCGUCGACGUAGGCCUUUUUCUGGAGGUGGUUCAGGGUCACAAUCGAAACCGGUUUCAGGCGGAAGUUUCCCUUCUGGCCCGAGGGCAUCAGGUCAGUAUACGCCGCAGACCGGUCCAAGUUCUGUUUCGUUGUCUAACACAAAUCCUGACCCAGUCUCCAUUGGGGACAAAUCUCAGCCUCUUCCAGCAGACCCGAACCAUAAUAUUCCGCCCGUUUCUUCAUCCAACCUGGACCCUAGCUCGGCGAAUGCUCUCCAGCCACAAAGCUUGCCAGCAUCCAUUCCAAAGGAACAGACUUCUGGUACGGACGCUAGUGGAUCGUCUGGAAAAAAAAAUCCGCUGGACUUCUUAGACUUUGGAAAUUCCUUACUUGAAGGCGCUCCUGGAGUAGGGUCAGGUGCCAACAGCAAUAAGCCGCGACCUCCGGGAUUCCGGAACCCUUUUGAUGAUACAGUCUCGCCAUUCUCUAAACGAGGAAAUCAAGCAAACGGGAACCUUGCUUCGCAGGGAGACAACAGAUAUAAGCCAGUCUAUAACGCUCCAUUUGGAGGUAACCCAGGAGGCAGCUUCUUCAACUACGGCACCAACCGUGCCAACAACAACAACAACAGGAACAACGGCAUCUUCAACCCUUCUGGAGGAUUUGGGCCAAGCCAGUUUGAUGAAUCAUUUGGAAAGAGAAAUUUCAAACCUGUCUUCAACAAUCCAAGUUCUCUGGGAAGUUCUGGUCCUAAUCCAGUAAAGACUACAGGAUCUUAACUGAUGCAAGAUUUUCACAAGCCAUUGGCGAAAAAAAGAAACAAAAGCAAGUAUUAUUGAAAAAACAAGAGCAAAAUAUAGCACAAAGUUUAUUUGAAAAAAGUUGCAGUGAGCCUGCAGUUGCAGAUAAAAGCUUAUUAUUGACCAGUGCUCAGCUUGAUGCACUGUACAAAACUGUACAAAAAUGUACAAAGCAAGUAGUAAUUUUACUCCUCCUCCUCCUUUUUCUGAGUAAACAUUAAUGGCUGAGUCUGUUUAUUGUAAAUGUUAUGCCCUUUACAAUGCAGUAACCAGUAUCUGAUACUAAAGUGCCAUUUAAAAAAAUGUCCAAAUUAAUUUUUAUAUACACCUGAUCUGACACUUGUAUUAAUCUUUCAUUGCACCUCCACCUUUGAUAUGUCCAAAAUCUUAAUUUGUGUUUUAACCAUUUAAACUAAAAUUUAAAGUGACCUACUUUUAAGCCAUGCUGUAAAUCAUAUUCUUAUUCAGUUAUUACGAAUUAUUAUCAUUGAAAGGAAUAUUAAAUAUAUUCUCACAAUAAAGAUAAAUGCAGUAUGAAGUGCAUAAAUCUG